CCAGACAGGGCGGGGUCAGACAGGGCGGGGCCGGAGUCUGUUCAACAGGACUUCAACAAUGUGGACGAAUCAUGGCAAAAACAUGCAAAUGACAGAAUUGCUGAAUUCUUAAACAAAACAUGUUUGAAUCUCGAUCGGUUCUCAAAGUAUGAAAAAGUCAAUAAAUCUGGAGUUCCUCGUAUGUACAAACUGAACCGUACGGGUCUGGAACCUGGGUGGAGGAACCUGUCCUGCCUGGUCACUGGGUUCUACCCACGUUCUACCAAGAUUAGCAUGCGGUGGUUCAAGAACGAUGUCCUUCUGGUUAAGGGCAUCUGGUCCACCGGGGUUCGGCCCAACGGGAACCACACCUACCAGAUCCAGACAGGCCUGGUCACGGACUCAGAUGACGCAGUCUACUGCUGUGAGGUGGACUACCCUGAGAUCAAAACCUGGAUAGCCGAAUGGAUCCCAGAACCUAGGAACCGGUUGGUACCGGUAUUGCCACUUCUUGCAAUACUUGUGGUAAUUACGGUGGUGUAUUGUGUCAGGAAGUGGGUACCAGCAGGGCGCCCAGACCAGAGGAUGACAGUCAUGGUACAGGAGGAUCCUAGCCCGAAUGACAUCCUUCUGAAAGACACAAGUGACACUGGAAGUGACAACACAGGAAGGGAUGAGGCCUAUGGAAGUGGAGACAGCUGUGACGUAUCCACAGAGGAACUGGCUCUUCUCAGCCGCCCCAGAGCAGAGCAGCAGACUGGCCCUCCAGACACCAGCUGCCCCAGAGCAGAGCAGCAGACUGGCCCUCCAGACAACAGCUGCCCCAGAGCAGAGCAGCAGACUGGCCCUCCAGACACCAGCCUCUCUCCAGAUUCCAGCCUCCAGACUCCAGCCCAGUGACUUGACCGCCUUCCCCUCCCCAGUCCAGCAGAGGGCAGCAGAGAUCCUACUGGCCACUGUGGGGUCGGGGUCAACAAGACAGAGGGAGAGCAGGGUUCAGAGCACUGUAUACAGUGCUAAAGUCUAAGCAGGGUUCCAGCAUAUACAGACAGUGUGUGUCCUAGCACUGUAUACAGUGCUAAAGUCUAAGGCACCCAAGAUCUUUUACUUGAAGUACGGUGGAUGUGACAGUGAGCCACUGUUAGCUUUGAACUAAUUUAGGGUUUUGUUGCUAUAGGUGAUGAUGGUGUUGAACUGUGUAUAUUUUAUAUUUUUUGGUGUACUUUUUUACAUUUACAUUUACGCAUUUAGCAGAUGCUUUUAUCUAAAGCGACUCCCAAGAGAGAGUUUUACAAAAGUGCAUAGGUCACUGAUCAUAACAACAAGAUAGCCCCAAACAUUGCGGGUAGCCAAACAUGAAGCACACAUUGUGAAAACCAAAUAAGUCCCAAAGGGAAGAACAAUAAAAGCAUGUAGUUACACAAGUUACAAUUAAACAGCAAGAACCUCAAAAGUCUCAAAAGCAAGCAACAAUAAUAUAUUUCACGGUGAAUACAAUAAUUUUAAGACAGUUACAACAAACCAACAAAAGCAACCAGUCUCUCAAUAAGAGUCAUUGUGAUCCUGGAGGAAACUAACAUCAGGUCCAGCCAAUCAUUCCUAAGUGCCGUUGUACUCCCGGAACAAGUGCGUCUUGAGCCUUUUCUUGUAUGCUUUAUGAACUAUCGAUCACAACAAAGAAGAAACCAUUUUCCAAUUGUUUUACACAUGCUGGUGUGACUCUUCAACAAGGCCAAGGACUCCCCCUGACAUUUCACUGGUACCUUAUUUGCACUAUUGCCCAUUCAUAUUCUUAUUCUUACUUUUAUAUAUAUUUUAUAUAUAUUUUAUAAUUUACAUUUCAAAUUGUUUUAUUUUUUAGAUUGUUAUUUCCUAGUAUUAGACUACUGUACUUUUAUACUUUUUGCUUGAAGAUCCGUAUAUGUUUAUUGUUUGCACCUUCCGGCCACAGUAAAUUCCGUGUUUGUGUAAACCUACAUGGCGAAUAAAAACAAAUUCUGAUUCUGACAAGCUGCCAUCAUCAAAAAGAUGUCAUCUUGAGCAGAGAUGUUAUUGUUACACAGUAUCUGGUUAAACACAGACAACUUUAACCACUUAAAUACUGAACACUUUUGAGGCAUGUUCCAUUGGUAUUGGUUUAUGUAUCGGUUAAUAAUCUAUUUUGAAAACAAUGUAAAAAGUCACCUUAACUGUAUUGGUUGGUGGCUGUAUUAGUGAGUGAACGGGCCUUUAUGGAACAGCGUUUUCCCCGACCCGACUGAUCUGUCAGGUUCAUUCAAAUCAGGCUUAGAACUUCAAUCUCACUUUUUGGAGUGCACUUAAUGGAACUGGACCUGACUACUACAUGCACUAUUUGUAAAUAUUUGGAGAACUUAGUUUUGUCAGUCUUUUGGUUGUAAAUAAAGUUUUGUAUGUCAA